GGUGUGGUCCAGGUGUUUUAGGUUACUCUGGGUUACCUUCUUGGAGUGAGCAGGAGAUGUGGGUUAGUCUUGAAAAAGAGAGUAGAAAACACACAAUCGGUUGAAAAGGAGGUGAGCAAAAGUUACUGCUGUGGAGAACGAAAGGAUGGAAAACUCUCAACAGGAACAUGCCCUGGGGGAAGAAGAGACUGAGAAAGUAAAUAAGAGAUUCCAAGACAGCAUUUUUUGCUCGGACGAUGAUAACAGCCUCUAUUUCACAUACAGUGGCAAAUCAAAUGUUCUAGAGGUCAGAGACCUCAACUACCAGGUUAAUAUAGCCUCACAGGUUCCCUGGUAUGAGAAACUAGCAGAGAUGAACAUUCCUGGGAUGUGUGGCCUGGACUCCGAUUCCCAUGUGGCAGCUAUACAAAAUAUGAGUUUUAAAGUCAGAAGUGGGCGGAUGCUGGCUCUCAUAGAGAGCUCUGCUUGCGGAAAGACGUCUUUGUUUGACGUGAUUACCUGCAGGGACCACGGAGGCAAAAUUACGUCAGGUGAAAUCUUGAUCAAUGGAAAACCUUGCACUCGCCAGCUGGCAAAGAAAUGCAUUGCCCACGUACGGCAAGAGGACAGACUGCUACCCAACCUGACAGUCAGAGAAACGCUAUUGUUCAUUGCAAAAUUGCGUCUCCCCAAGAUGUUUUCAGAUUCACAAAGAGAAAAAAGGGUAGAAGACGUUAUAGCAGAACUGAGAUUGCGGCAAUGUGCGAACACAAGAGUAGGGAACGAAUAUAUCCGUGGUGUUUCUGGCGGGGAGAGAAGACGAGUGAGCAUUGGGGUCCAACUGUUAUGGAAUCCUGGAAUCUUGAUACUCAAUGAUCCCACAGCUGGACUGGACAGCUUUACCGCCCACAACCUCGUAAUACUGCUGUCUAGGCUAGCAAGAGGAAAUAGGUUAGUUCUUUUGUCAGUUCACCAGCCAAGAUCAGAUAUCUUCCAGCUUUUUGAUUUGGUUCUCUUGAUGACAUCUGGACUCACAGUCUACUCUGGUGCUGCCCAAGACAUGGUCCAAUAUUUCACACAAAUGGGAUAUCCUUGUCCAACAUACAGCAAUCCUGCAGAUUUCUACGUUGAUUUGAUCAGCAUCGAGAGGCAGAGUGAAGAAAAGGAGAUGGAAAGCAAGCAAAGGGCUCGCUCACUUGCUGCCAUGUUUCAUGAAAACAUUAAAAAUGUGGAUGACCGCUUAUGGAAAAGCAAACCAAGAGACAACAUGGUCACUGUUUCUGCACAGAGCUCUACUACGUUCAUUUUGGAGGAGAAAAUUACUGUGAACUCUCAUUCGGCCGAACAGUUGCCAGGAUGGUUACAGCAGUUCACUGUUUUGCUAAGCCGCCAGAUCUCCAAUGAUUUCCGAGAUCUCUCAGCAUUGCUGAUCCGCGGAUUUGAGACUCUUCUAAUGUCAUUGUUAAUGGGAUUCCUAUAUUAUGGCCAUGAGAAAAGUCUGUCUAUUCCGGAUGUAUCGGCACUUCUGUUUAUGCUAGGAGCUCUGAUUCCUUACCUGGUGGUUCUUGAAACUGUAGCAAAAUGCCAUUCUGAAAAAGCUGUACUGUAUCAGGAUUUUGAAGAUGGGCUGUAUCCUGUUAGCCCAUAUUUCUCAGCCAAGGUUUUAGGAGAACUUCCAGAACAGUUCUUCCUAAUGAUCGUUUACGGAGUUCCUACCUACUGGCUAGCAAACCUCCGUCCGGAACCAGAAUAUUUCGCCCUUAUGCUGCUGCUGCUUAUGCUAGUCACUUUCUGUGCCCGGACCAUGACAAUGUGGAUGUCUGCCAUGCUGCCAACAUUUCCUAUCUCGGCCUUCCUUUCCAAUAUUCUGUUCACAAUGUUUUUGAUGAGCGGAGGCUUCUUCAUAAGCUUGGAAAACCUAUGGACAGUUCCAGCUUGGAUUUCUAAAGUAUCUUUUGUCAGGUGGAGUUUUGAAGGAUUAAUGCAAGUUCAAUUUAGAGGACGCAUUUACCCGAUGACGUUUGGCAAUAUCACCUAUCCAAUUCCUGGGAAACUAGUACUCCAGUCAAUGGACUUAGACCUCCAGCCCCACUACGCAAUUUACCUCAUCUUGGUCAGCAUUUCCACCACCUUCUUGGUUUUAUACUACUUAUCUCUUCGGUUCAUCAAGCAGAAAUCAAACCAGGACUGGCAAUAAUAACAUGACACUAUUGAUUAUGGUGGCAGGAGUGAAAGCAGGAGAGAGAGUUCACACGGGUCCAUAUUAAAUGCCAGAUCUAACUCUUGCAAUAAAGGCAACACUUAAAAUGGACCAUAAACUCUUGUUUGUGCUUAUUAAAAUGCUGCAAAGAUUACUGUAUAUUCCUGUGUGUGAGACUACUUUUUAACCCAGGAAAAUCUUCUCAAAAGUCGGGGGUCGUCUUAUACGCCGGGUCGUAUUUCUUAUACGGCGCGUAUAUCCCAAACUCUAUAUUUUAACUGGAAAAGUUUGGGGUCGUCUUAUACGCCCAGUGCAGUGAUUUGGAUUAGCCACCAGAUGGCAGCAAAAUACAAUGGGUUAAAAUGCUGAAUUUCUGUCCCUGCCACGUUCUUCUUGUAGCAGGGGAUGAAGGAAGCCGGUUGUUGAGUAAAGUCUUCAGGAUUAGAUGACAUAGAUAGUUGUGUCACUGGUAAGAUCUGUGUGAUAAUGUAUGGAAUAAUAGCGGCAAGAGUACUAGUCGCGAGAAACUGGAAAGGCUGUAACACACCCAACAUACCUGAGUGGCAACUUUUAAUGAAAGAAUAUGCACAGCUAGCAAAAUUUACGGGAAGAAUUAGAGGGCAGACAAAACAGAAAAUAAAAAAGGAAUGGAGGAUUUAUGACGAUUAUAUAAUGAAUAACUAGAUAUCCAAAAUCUAAUCAGCAGAAUACAACUGAACCCAAUACAAAUUAAAGAAUAGAUAAUGAUGUAAAUAGGUUAAGAUUUGUGCGAUAUAAUAAGGUUAAAGUUUACAAACUACAGAGAGGUAAACUGGAAGUCAAAAUAAAAGAGGUGUAAUUGAUGUGCAUUUAAAGAUUUUCUCUGUUUUUGUCCAAUACUUCAUGUGUUGUUUUUGUGUGUGUGUUUUGUGUGUGUUCUUUGUUUUUUCUGUAUUCUUUUUUUGUGUAAAAGAAAUAUGUGGAUGAAGAACGCUUGUGUUUGUGUUGGUAAUUAUGUUGUUUGUUAAUGUUUUUAACAAGAAAAUUAAUAAAAAACCUAUUAAAUUUUUUUAAAAGGUAAUAUCUGCGUGAUUUACAUAUAGAAGCAUAAUUCAGAGAAUGGGGCGAUUUUCUAAAAAGGUUCUCAAUAAGUCACAAAGUAAUACACCUCUUACCUUUAAACUCUGACCCUCCAGAUGUUAAUGGCUCCCAUCCUCCCUUGCAUCUCAAGGCAGCCCUGUUUAGGGAAGCUUUUAAUGUUUGAUGG